AGAAGUUUGAUGAGUUGUUUGGUGGAGAAGCAGCCUCCCUGGAGACACUGCCUCCUGCCCUGGAUGUCUUCCAUGAGGUUACUCACUUUAUUAAGAUAUUUAAACUAGAGAAAGAUGUGAAGAGAUUUGAGGUCUUUACAAGGUAUUUGUUGGCAAGUAUGGACAGUGAGCACUUGCAGCUGAGUUAUGUAUCUUGUGGCAUGAACAAGGAGCUCACACUACAUUGGAUUCAUCAUAUGAAAGAUGUUCUGUUUAUUGCCUGUAAAGUGUUGGAGAGUCUGCAGGCUGAGAUAUCCUCGGAGAACCGCCUCAUCUCCCUCUACCUCCACCUCCUCCUCACAUUUACUGCCACCAACACUUGGAAGAUUGUGCGCUCGCCCAACUUUGAACCGUUAAGACCGGCACUCAACAAACUGACAGAAAACAUCAUGGGUGAUUUAGUGUGUAGAGGUCUAUACACUACUUUGAAUCACGUGCUGGUGCGAGGAUUAUGUCGUGGAAAAGCAGCACUGCGAGGCCCUGCCAUCACCACCAUCCUGACACUAGCACUGCGUCCUCUUGUGGCGGCCCAGUACUCGGAUAAACUUCUCUCCCUCAUCACCAUCCAUACACUCAGUGUACCAACACUGGUCCACCACCUGGUCACCCUGGCUCCUGAGGCUUUACAAAUGCUGCGCAGUAAUGAGUUAUUUGAGAGAGUGGUGGAGUUUGUGCAGACUGAACAAAAUUUACGUAUAGUAUUCAAUACACUGGAAGGUUCAUACGCUCUCUGUCUCUUGGCAAACCUCGUCCAUCUGGCGUAUGAGGAGAGGGAAGCUUCUUUACCCAAAUUAGCAUUUCCCAAGUUAAAUUUUGUAGUGAAGCGACUACUGGAGAAGUGCGGGGAGUACGUCACCACGAAGCAGAGCAGUCUGACUCAGUGGCACCCUGUACUGGGCUGGUUCUCACGGCCCCUCGAUCAACACUUGAAUGAGUCAUUAGCGUUGGUCAAGUCUCAGCUACAACUGCUGUGGUCAGGCUCUGUCAUCAGGGUCAUGUUCUCUUCUCUCUCUAACCUGGUCAUUGAUCAGGAGCUGCCUACACAUGACCCCAACAACACUUCAGGAUUCACUGCUUCCUCCACCACCUCCUCAUUUGCCAACUUAAGCUCCAUGACUCCUUCAAAUCUACUGAAGAAGGCACUGGAGCGUAAACUUAGUUCCAGUAGCACUGGGGGUUCCCUGAGAGGGGGAGGUUCUCGGAAACUGGGUUCUCCUGCAGUGGCGACAGUGGCCAUGGUGUGUUCCAUGUAUCACACAGCCAUCACGACUCUCUCGCAACUAAGAAUGGAUAUUCUUACAGGUGAGUUUAUCUGGUGCACACCGCCACCUCUGGCAGGGAUGUUACAUGUUUGCCUUUAUCUUGCACUCACCCAACUGUACCUGUGCCUGUCCAAGGGAAGUUUUCACCCAUCCUGUUAUACCCUGCACUGUAUGUCUGACUAA